CUUGGUGUAAGCUGUCCCAACAGACAAAAUGAGGACACAGCCGAUCGUCUGUCUUAUUUUCUGUCUCCUGUUGGUAACCCCAGUGACGUCACAAGGUGGGAGGCUUUUAGGUGGAUUACUUGGAGGAGCACUCGGGCACCAGUUGACCGGUGGUCAUCCUUUGGGUGCUGUGAUGGGCGGAGUCCUUGGUUCCAGUUUAUUUGGAAGAGGUCGCGGUAGGUGGGGACGAGGUGGAUGGAGGGGCCGAGACAGAUGGGAUAGGUGGGAUAGAUGGGGUGGAUGGGGGCGUGGUCGACGAGGGCGCGGAGGAUGGCGCGGGCGUGGGCGUGGCCGCGGAGGCAGAAGAGACUGGGAUUGAUGAAUGUGAAAUAAUACUGAAGUCUGAAAUCAAGGAAAUGGUGUGCGAUUGUUGAUUAAUUAUUAAAGAAUAAAAGAUCUUUAAGAAUUA